UCGGCAUGAUCUCGGGAGUCUGCGCUGGGGCUGAAGCAGCUCCAGGCCAGGGCUGUGUGGAGCAAGGAGAGCAUUCUUCCAAGAUAAUGAUUAAGCUGAGCAGCACUUGGCAAGGGCACAGGUUGCUAAGCUAGGAAGGUGAGCCCUAUUCACACCUCAGCCAGGCUGUGGCGGCGAGAACUAGAUCCAGAGGGCAGAGCCCAGAGACCCAGGGGCCCCCAGCCACUCUCGACAGCCUCCUGCUUGUGAGAAGCAUCCGGAGCAUCUCAGAUCCAGAGGAAUCUUUGCAGUUUGCCCUUCUGGGACUCUGCUCACACCUCUGGCACCAUGAAGCUCCAGGUGUUCUGGACUGGGCUGGAAUAUACCUGCCGGCUCUUGGGCAUCACCACUGCUGCAGUGUUAAUUGGAGUGGGCACCGAGACCUUCCUCCGGGGGCAGUUCAAAAGCCUGGCCUUCUACCUGCUGUUUACAGGAGUCACCAUCUCCGUGUGUGAAGGGACCUACUUUGUGGCACAACUGUUGGCCAUCUGCUUCAAGUGUCAGCCAGGAUCUCUGGCACACAAAGCAAGGGAGAAGGCCCACUGGCUGGGCUGCUUCCAGAAGUUCCUAGCCUACAUGCUGCUGUCUGUGGCCUGCUUCCUCCACCCUGUCCUGGUCUGGCAUGUGACCAUUCCAGGCUCCAUGCUGAUCAUCACUGGCCUGGCCUACUUCCUGCUGAGCAAGCGGAAGAAAAGAAAGGCCGCCCCAGAGGUGCUGGCCCCCACAGAGCAGUACACAGACCCGUCCAGCAGCAUUGUGAGCACCACAGGCUCUGGGGACACUGAGCAAACGUAUACUUUCCAGGGGGCCCUCAAGGAGGGGCCUGGCUCAUUCUUCAUCCACAUGAAGAGCAUCCUGAAGGGGACCAAGAAGCCGCGUGUCCUGCAGGCCCAAGAUACCUUAAUGGAGCUGGCGCUGGAGCCAGCUGACCCCUUGGCCAAGAAGAAGCAGGUACACUUUGAAGACAAUGUGGUCAGAAUCGUCCCGUCCCUCACGGAAGGUCUGGAUGACAGUGACAGCGGACCAGAGGAAACUGCCUCUGACACGACCCCUAUCAUCCCUCCUCCCUCCCAGACCCCUCUCUUUCUGCCUUCUCUCAUGGCCACUGACCUGUUCUGAGCUCCUCAGCUAGAGGUCUACAGAUGGAUGGACCUGCCAGAGGACUCCUAAUAGCCAUGGUCCCUGUAGAGAACUCAGGGUACUCAUUGGUCAGUUGCUCUGCACAUCUCAGUGGUGACUUGGGCUUCAGAACUAUGAGACAGUGUACCAAGUCAGAUCUGUGGAGACCUCCAGGAUGGCACAAAUGAGGCUUUGCCAUAUGGAAUCAACGCAGGCUCUUCCUUCUUGGCCAGACUGGGGAAAACAGAUCAUGGCUCUCCAUUCUCCACAAGAACGCAGACCCAACUUGCUAAGUCCCAAAGGAACAGAAGACAUCAGCUCAGCUUCCCUUGCACCCAACAAAGGGUUCAGCCUUCAGCAAAGACCCUAUGGUGCAUUUUGCGUGUGAUGCAGCGUACUGGUGCUAAAGGCCUAGGGGUGCAUCAGCAGUAUAAGCACCUCAACAGAAGGUAUUGGAUGAAGUGGCCAUGAAUCCUGAGCAAGACUGCUCAGGGUAGAUAUGGAAAAGGAUGCUUCGGAUCUCAAGUGAGGACAGCCUGGCAGUGGGCUGCAUUCUCAGCAUACUCUGGGCCUGGUCUGGGUAGCAGGCAUUUCAGAAUCACCCAGGGAAACAAUGCCACUCUGUGCUCAGUGCCCGGAAAGCUGGCCAGAAGAGCAUCUCUCAUUCCAGAAGGAGAGCUAAGGGCUUCCUCCCACCCCACCCCCCACUAUAUGGGCAGUGUUCAGAUUCCAAAUAGAUGGUGUAAGCUGAAAGCAUUUGCGAGCCUGCAGCAAGACUAACCGGGACGUAGCAUAGAGUGUUCACUGUAGGUCAGGAUCCAGGGAGACUGCCCCCAGAGAGCCACACCGCACAGGGAAGUACAUCCGCUAUGCUAGGGUGCCUGGGACUAGGAUGAGUGAUAAACAGAUGUCUUCUCUAGACAGGGAGGAGGGAAGGGGAAGAGGAAAGAAGGGCACAUGGGGAGAGGGGGGUGAGCAGGCAGGCAUGCUCUCCAUCUGGGGCUACCGAGGUGACGGUGAAGUUGAGUCAGAUAUUUCUCAGUAAAAAGAUUUGCACCACACCUUUUAGUUCUACACAGUAUGUGUGGUCCACAGGAGUGUUGCUAGGAAGAACUGAUGUGUUAUUCCUCAUAGCCGACCAUAGCGCAUGAGCAACCGGAAGGAAGGGCCCUGUAGUUUGUGUCUGGGACUCACUUCAGGGUUCUCUGAGGGCUGAGUAUCAAAGCACACACAUUGUAGUCUAGAUAAGUAACAUGUUCAUUGUAUAAUUUUCAGCACCUAUGAGGUCAUUUUCUUUUUUUUAGAAGUGUGUGAAGAUAAGGUGGUAUCGCCUGGCGCUGAGCACGGCCAGUGCUUCAGGCGGGCAGGAGGCUGCUUGUGGUAAGAAUGUGUUUGCUCAGACUGUGUAACCAAAGGCAGAAAGCAAGCUAGGAGGCUGGAGUAGGCAGGUGAGAGCUACUCAACCCAUCUCUAGUCAAAAGCUAGACGUCGGAUGGGUUACUAUGAGCCCUUGACCACAGGGGCACGGAAGCUGUUUCUUUGACUUCCGUCAACGAAGGAUGUCAGAUAAUGCAGUCAGUCAGGGGAGAACAAAACAUAGGGAAUGUGGGUGUGGGUGGGUGUGUCCCUUUACUACAGGGACCGCAUAGUGAGGAAAGAUCAAGGAAACGCCAGCACGACACCCUGAAUUAGUCUGAGGCAAGGCCAGUACAGACCCAAGAGACCACCUUGACUCCAGCUUUCAGGGCUGGAGCCCCAGAAACAGAGCUUCCAACUGACAGAAGACAGAGGCCAGAGGGAACAAAUCCCGUAACCAGGAGGAGCCAGGUUUUGGUGUCCUCUUCCUGUGCCUCUGUAUUAGUUAUUUUCUGUUGCCGCAAUAAAAUACCAUGACCAAAAGCAUCUUAAGGAAGAAAGAGUGGGCGUGGCCUACAGUUCCAGAGAGCUAGAGUCCGUGAUAACAGAGAAGGUCUGGGAAGCAGCAGGAGGAGCUAGAAGCCAGCUAGUCACAGGAAAUGGGGCUGUGUGUGACAAGAAGCCACAUGAGGCUAUGAACCCUCAAAACCCACCCCCAGUGAUGUACUUCCUCCAGCAAGGCUGUACCUCCUAAAGGUGCUGUAAUUCCUCCCAAACAGCGCCACCCUCUGGAGAACACAUGUUCUAACACAUAAGCCUAUGGGUGACAUUAUGUCAGCUCUUACAUAUUUUUAAAAAUCUUUGAUUCUUGCUUGGUUGGUUAACUGGUUUUACUUUUCUUAAACAUCUUUAUUAAAAUAUAAUUCACUGUCAUGAAAAUUGACCAUCUUAAAACAUACAGUCAAAUGGGUUUUAGUAUAUUUAUAAUCUGAGUUUUAGUUUAUAACAUGCUCAUCACACCCCAAAAUGAAACCCAGCGCAGUAGCCAUUGAGACUCACUCCUCACCUCCCAGUUUCUGUCCAAAUGAGCACUCAUCUGCCUUGUAUCUUUGUAAAGCUUACUGUUCUGAGCACUCAUGAUUUAAAGCACAUAAUACCCCACAACACUGUCCUUUUCUUUCACAGCGUCUUUGUUGGCUUUCUCUCUCUGCACCACUCUAUUUUGGGUCUUUACAUAUGAUUUAUUCUAGUUCCUUGGACAAAGGUGUAAUGGUAGUUUUAGAGUCUUGGUCAACGGUGCCCAACACCGGAGGCUUCUUAAAAGCUCUGUCUCUCGUCCUCUUCUUCUGAUCAUGUAUCACAUUUUCUUGUUCUUUGUGUACCUGAAAGUUCUUUGUCAGCUCCUGGACCUUGUGGCCACUGCAUGCUGAGGCCUGGUUCCGCCUUCUCCCCACCUGGUAUCUGGUGUCAUUAUCCAUUUGUUUACUAACUUGGCUGGACUAGUUCUGUGAAGUCAAUGUAUUUUUUCCACAGUGUUCAACCUAUGAUAACCCUACCUGGAUUUUUUUCCCUUGAUCUUUUAGAGUGGUUACCUAAGAGUUUCUCCUGGGUCUGCAAAACUCAUUUAUUGGUCAAUAGUUAUGGUUAAUCCCUUGGACCAAUUAGCCACCCUUUGCCGCUGAAAUGGGGAGGGAAGGGGGAUUGGAGUCAUCUGUUAUAAAUCAAGUUUAUGUUUGCCCCUGCCUUUAGUCAGGGACAGAGAGCUCUGUGGCCUCUGUCUGCCUCCUAAGAGGACAUGGCCUUGUGUGCUGGACUGUCGGACAGUGCUCAGUUUAGACUUAAGAUUUGUAUUUUCAGGAGUUAUUCCUAAUCUAUGUUUGGUCAGAGACUGUGCUUAGCCUUUUUUGAGUCCAAGGAGCAUAGCCCCUUUGUUAAAGGAUCUGCGUGCAGAAGGGAUAAUUGUGAGCUUACACACAUCCUUGACCUGACUGCUCCAGGACGGGUACAGACUUCAUUAAGCAGCAGCAUCCCGGGCUCCCAAGACAGGAUGAUGAUUCCCAAGAGGCUUCCCCUGGGCUCUCUGUUCUCUAUUAAGUAAGGGUUCAGCAUUUUGUUUAUUGCUACCAGCACCGUGGAGUUCUGAACACCCUUUUAUUUAUUCUUUCCAAGUUGUGUUUACAAUGUUUCUGAGAACUCAGUGUGAAUGGAAUUCUUCACAUCCUGUUUUGAACGAGGUCAUUCCCCCAGGCAGAGCUCUGAGCUUUUCAUUCUUUCUUCCUGGGUAACAACCCCUCCGCAGCCAUGCAGAGGAGUGAUGGCCGGCUGCCUGGUUCCCUGGGGAGUACCUUCCCUGGACGGGUACGCAUAGGAGGAAGCAGGCCCCAGCGGCCCUGCUUUGUCCUUCCCAGCGUGGAGCCUCCACCAUAGGAGUCGGAUGAGGUGGGCAUCAAGGCUGUCACAAUGUAAGUCUAUUGAGCUUGCAAUAGAGGUUCCUGGAUAGGACUGGGGGCUCUGAAGGUCUGACCCACGAAGUGAUGUCAGCAGCAGCAGAGGGGAAUUCCUAUAUUAAAACAUGCUCUGUAUAAAAAGCGUCUUUAUUCUCAACUCAGACUUUAUGAUACAAGUUGAGUGUGCUGGGAAGUAUUUCCACUCCUGUCAUUUUAACCCUUUAAACGGGUGCUACAGUGGGACGUUGGGGGGAGGCGCUACAGCUCAGGGCUUUAGUCCUGGCCUAUUAGCUCCCUCUCCAGGGGGUGCCUUCGCUCUGGGCUUCCACUCAGGUAAAGCCAGAAUACUGACUUCACUGUGGUAAAGGAUCUCGGGACAAAUCAGAGUGGAGCAAAGUUUCCAAGUUCGUUAAAGAUGAGGACAGUGCAGACUCACGCUUCACGCAUAUGUACGUGUUGGCAGAGGGUGAGGGAGAGACUGUCUUAGGAAAGGGACAUGACGUAACUGAUACACGAUGGUUGUGGGCUCCUCAAACGGAGCACCCCACUGCCCACCUGAGCAUCUUUACAAUGGCCGUGGGCAGGACUCCUCACCACUCUCUAAGACACACCGCUCAAAGGGCGUCAUUUACAGCAGCGUUCAAUGAUUAAGCAAAGUUUAAAAAUUAAGCAGUUCAAAUUUUAAAUAAAACACAUAAACUGGUCUACUUA